GACGUCGACUGGACGUUGAAGAGAACACUAGACAAAAUGCCUAUAAUAUCAAGUCGUUUAUUCUUCCAUCAGACAAUUCGAUUGAAAAGCAACAUUUGUCAUUUCUCCAAAGUCUAGUAAGAGAUUCAUUUUCAACCUCCGAACAAUGCUUGCUAUCAUUGGAGCAUCCGGCAAAUUGGGUGGAGCAACACUGUCUGCCCUUCUUUCAAACAAGCUCACUGAGCCGUCGUCAAUUGUCGCUAUAACAUCAUCGCAACAAGGAUCUGAUACCUGGAACUCCCUGUCUUCCAGAGGAGUCGAGGUUAGACAUGGAACGUUCGAUGACGGCUCAACUCUCGAGGCAGCGCUGAAGGGAUGCGCCAAAUUCUUUCUUGUGUCAACUCCGCGCGUUGAGAUGGAUUACAAUGACGCCCCGGAGGGUCAGGGCCGUGAGAAACACCAUAAGACUGCUAUCGAUGCAGCACGUAAAGCAGGUGUGCAGCAUAUAUACUAUUCCUCACUCGCGUUUGAUAGCCCAAGCAAGGCUGGGGUGAUGCAAGCACACACAAGGACUGAGGCGUACUUGGCAUCGUUGAACGAUGUCAAGGUGACGGUCAUCCGAGAGGGUCUGUACAACGAAAGCUGGCCAUUAUAUCUCGGAUACUAUGAACCAAAGGCGGAUUUCCGUGGUGUCGUUGAGCUGGGCGGCGACGGCAAAAUUAAUUGGACAGCCAUCGAAGAUCUGGGCCUGGGCAAUGCCUUAAUACUCGCCGCCCCGAGCGAGGAAUAUGCUGGAAAGACAUUCUACUUGGCUAGCCCUGAGGAAACGGCCAAGUCAAUGAGAGAAGUUGCUGGCUUGGUGGCAAAAGCUAGAGGCAAAGAUGUGAGCGUGUGCAUUGUAAGCCGCUCUGGCUACGAGGACUUCUACAUCGAUGUAAGACAUAUGGAUCCACCAGCAGUGAAGUGGUGGUCAAGUACUUAUGACGCCCUCGAUGAUGGAGAAUGUUGGGUUAACGAUCCAACACUGUCAGAACUGUUACGGUCAAAAGGGAAGGAGCUGAUCUCUUUGGAGGAGACUAUAAAUGCCAUGGUGAAAGGAUGAAUAUAUUACUUGACGUUUUCGCGUUUAUAGCGUGAAAAAGGCCAAUCCAGAAUAUUCCUCCUUAAUUUAUUCCAAAAGCAUGGGUUCAAUCAAACCGUCAGCUUGGCACAAUGUAUCUGGAGCAUAAUAGGAAGAGGCACUCGCAAAGGAUUCCCCCUCCCCCUGCGGUACCGAGCUAAUAGUAUCCU